CCGUUACGCAUCUUACAAUAGAUACUUAUCUUAUCACUUGGUUGAAUUCUAUUUACGUGAUAAAAAUAUGGUAGUCUGAGUGUAUGAAGACACUGAGAAUGCUACCGAAGAUCAGUCAAGACUUCGCAAUUAGAGUGUGAGGUUGUGAAAUGAAGACGCAAACGCGACUAGUGGCGCCAGAUGGCGGCUGGGGAGUUUUCGUGUGCAUUGGAAUGGCGUUACCUUUUAUCAGUGGUUUAGCUGCAUUGCCCUCGUUUGGACUUAUCUUUGGUGACUUUCUGCAUAGUAUCGGUGCUGAAACCAGCGCUGUGGCCUUCAUCACCAGUGCCUUCUUUUGUGCCUUCAGCUUUGCGGGUCUCUUUUCAGGAUUGCUGUUCAACCGAUACGGUCUACGUGCUGUCGGUUUGCUAGGCGGCGGUUUGUACUUUUCUGGCUCGCUCUUACAGAUAUUCGUGCGUUCCACGUGGGAGCUGCUGUUCGCCUUCAGCGUUAUUCAGGGCUCUGGUUUCGGUCUCAUUGUGCCCACAUCGUAUACGACCUUCAACAACUACUUCGUUGAGAAGCGGGUGAUGUGGAUGAGUUUUGCACAGUCGCUUAUCGGCGUUGGCACUAUGUUCUAUCCGGUUGGCAUGCAAAAAUUAAUGGAGUUCUACGGAUUUCGUGGUUGUUUGCUAGUUUUGGCAGCAAUUAACUCCCACGCUAUCCUGGGAAUGUUGCUAAUGCAGCCCGUAGAAUGGCAUAUGCGGAAGGUUACCGUACACAUCGAGCAGAUUUUUACAAGUAUCUGCAAUGAAGAUGUAAAGAAUUUGGGAAGUGAAGAUUACACUCUGACUCUAGACAGAAACGUAAAUAAUAAUCAAUAUAAGAAAUAUAAUGAACGAGCUACGCCCGUUAUGGAAUCCAACAAUUUGUCGCCGCUAAUACAUGGCAAACCACGCUCGUUAGCUGCAAGUAUAACGAGAGAGGAUGUGAAAAAGAUCUCAAGCCGCGCGUCAAGCAUAACAAGCCUUGGUAAUUGGACCGGUCCAAUUGUUGUGCGCGACGCUUCACCGGAAAUGACGCCGUUUCAAUCAAUGCUUGCGGUUAAUACAGUUGAAGAAGAGCGCAGCUGCUGGCAAAUUCUAGUGAACUUCUUGGAUCUAAAGUUGCUAAAGAAACCUAUUUACCUUAACAUUGUAUUGGGUAUUUCAUUUGCGCUCUACUCUGAUAUUGCGUUUUUCACGCUGCAGCCGCUAUACCUCUUUGAGUUGGGUUUCACAAAGCCGGAUACUGCUAGCAUUAUCGCCAUCGGGGCCGCUGCUGAUUUAGCUUCACGUAUAUUUUUAGCAUUCUCCGCCAUAUUCAUUCAAAUGCCAUCCCGUUACAUAUAUCUGGCCGGUUCCUUCUUUACAGUCAUAGCGCGCUUUGCAUUUUUAAAUGUAUUCAGCUACGCGGACAUGGUCUGCACUACAGCUGCAAUGGGAUUUUUACGUACUUGGAUUCAUGUGCCACUGCCUCUUGUCUUCGCCGAGUACUUGCCAAAGGAGAGAUUCGCAACUGGUUAUGGCUUGUUCAUGUUCCUGCAAGGCAAUAUAAUGUUCGCCGUUGGUCCUCUGGUGGGCUAUUUGCGCGACCUAACACAAGACUACAUUGUGACCUUUCAUUGUCUGAACUUCUUUAUGGCGCUUUGUGCAGUGCCGUGGCUUAUAGAGAUAGUUUGUGUUAAAUUUAGGAGAAAAAACAAUUUUAACAUUGAAAAAUAAACAAGUUACAAAUUUUGAGGUUUUAAA